CGUGAAAAUGACGUAACAAUCAAUUAUCAAAAAUCUUCUGCUUAAUAAUUUGACGGCGUUUGGAAAAUGAGUGAAGAAAAGAAAUACGGAGAUUUUUUUGUCAUUUGCAAUGAAUUAUCGAAAACUCAAGACAUUGACAGCGAAGAAAAUCUAAACACAGCUGUUGGUGAAGUUUCAGAAGGUGAGAAAACCCAUAAAUCAACGCCAGUGCCAGUUAUUGAUUCAGAAAUUUCCGAAAUUGAGCGUUUAGAAGUUUUGAGUGCAUUAUUUGAAUCAGAGCUUUCAGAAGAAAAUAAUGAUGUUAAUGCCAAAAUUUUGAAAGAAAACUUGUCAAAUCACAAUGAGUCAAGAUUUGUUCAUUACGAGAGUCAAGAAAUUGAAAAAUUCAUUCAAGAUAAAGAAAACAAAAACACAUUGAGAAAAACAUUGUAUGAUGUCAAUUUGUUCAGUUCUUUCCUUCGUUCCAAAAAUGAAAUGCGUGAAUUCUACAAAGUUUCUCCUACAGAAUUAGAUGUGUUUAUUGCCAAUUUUAUAUUAAGCGUUCGGAAAAAGGGGGGAGAGGAGUUUGAACCGAUAUCAUUGAGAAGUAUGAUUUCCAGUAUUGAUAGAGCCCUUCGACGACACCGCUACGAAGCAAGCAUCAUGCAGUCGCCUGAUAAUAUAUUUACAGCCACCAAACAAGCUCUGAAAGCCAAACAAAAAGAUCUUAAACAAAAAGGGAAGGGCAAUAGGCCACAAAAAGCAGAUCCGUUAUCUGACGACGAUAUUAAUAUUCUGUAUGACUCCGGAGUUCUAGGAGUUACCUCCCCCCAGUCGCUGUUGAACACGGUAUGGUUUAACAAUGCCAUCCAUUUAGGGUUGCGUGGACACCAGGAACACUAUAACCUCUGUUGGGGUGAUAUUUCAUUACAUAAAAACCCUGAUGGCACAGAAUAUUUACAGCAUUAUGAGAGACAAACAAAAACGCGCACCGGUGCUAACACGCGUGACACAAGAACAGUUCUUGGCAAAAUAUUUUCAAUUCCCCAUUUGAAUGAAAACAACCCAAUUGAAGUUUAUAAGAAAUAUGCAAGUUUAAGACCACAGGGGUUUCGUGAACCAAACGAUCCUUUUUAUAUUGCGACCCGCACUAUUCCAUUGUCGGACAAAAAAAGCGAUAAAUGGUUCAUGAAACAAAAGCUUGGAGUAAACAAAAUCGGGAAAAUUAUGGGGAAAAUGAUUGAAAAAUGUCCACAAAUUGCAGAUUCUGGAAAGCGCCUCACAAACACAAGCACGAGAAAAUACUGUGUCCAAAAACUCAGGGAAAACAAUAUAGCACCUACGGAUAUAAUGCAAGUUACUGGCCACAAAAAUGUGAAUUCCAUCAACAAUUAUUCCGAAAUUACAGUUACAAAACAAAAAGAAAUGUCCAAAAUAUUGUCUACAACGAAAAAUACAGAUUCAACCACAAGUCCACACGGACAAGCGUCAGCCGCAGGAAGCAUUCAACAGGCCCAGUCGCUGUUUGCGGGGGCAAUCUUGCACAUAAACAAUAUGAAUGUUUACACUUACCAAAAUGCCUCCCAGGACUUCCAGCCACCACCAGCCAAGAAAUCAAAAUGA